UAUUACGUCACUUCAAGGUUGACGUGGGUUUUCAAUCCGUUUUGUCAGCAGAACAGCUAACGUUAGCAGUUUACAUUUUAAUAUUCACACUAUUAUAAACUUGCCGCGCAUGAUGGCAGCCGACUGGGAAGAAAUCAGACGCCUUGCAGCAGAUUUUCAAAGAGCGCAGUUUGCUGACACUGUUCAGAGAUUGUCUGAGCGCAACUGCAUUGAGAUUGUCGCCAAGCUUGUGGCCGACAAACAGCUGGAUGUGGUGCACACGCUGGACGGGAAGGAGUACAUCACCCCGGCUCAGAUCAGCAGGGAGAUCCGGGACGAGCUGUAUGUCCAAGGAGGUCGGGUGAACAUUGUGGACCUACAGCAGAUCAUCAAUGUGGAUUUGGUCCAUGUGGAGAGCAGAGCCAGUGACUUAGCAAAGUCAGAUAAACAUGUCCAGUUGGUGCUGGGGCAACUCAUUGACGAAAACUAUCUGGAUCAGCUUGCAGAGGAGGUAAAUGACAAAUUGCAAGAAGCUGGGCAGAUCAGCAUUGCAGAGCUGUGCAAAGCCUAUGAUCUCCCAGGGGAUUUUCUGACUGAGGUGCUGUCCCAGCGUCUGGGCCGGAUCAUCCACGGCCAGAUGGACCAGUACAACAAGGGCGUGAUUUUCACACAGGCCUUCCUGGCACGUCACAAAGCCCGGAUUCGCGGCCUUUUCAGCGCUCUGACCCGGCCAACUCCAGUCAGUAAUCUGAUAGGCCUCUAUGGGUUUCAGGAACAUCUUUUGUAUUCGGUUUUGGAAGAUCUCGUGAGCAGUGGGCGUCUUAAGGGUGCAGUGGUUGGUGGGAGGCAGGACAAAGCUGUCUACAUCCCUGAUAUCUACUCCAAAACCCAGAGCACAUGGGUCGACUCCUUCCUCAAGCAGAACGGAUAUUUAGAGUUCGAUGCCUUGAUCAGGCUCGGGAUCCCUGACCCCACAAGCUACAUCAAGAAGCGAUUCAAGUCGAGCAAGCUCCUGUUCCUGAAAGCCGUCUGCGUGGGCCAGGGGAUCGUCGACCAGGUGGAGGCCUCGGUGGAAGAGGCGGUGAACUCGGGCACGUGGACGGACGUGCAGCCACUGCUGCCCAGCUGUCUGUCCCAGGAGGACAUUGGGAUUUUGGUGAACCAGGUCAUGAGAACCACCAACGUGCAGUCGUCUGCCAGGCUGCUGUGCGGCACUGUGGUCGUCAGCGAGAAGUUCAUCAGCAACUGCAUCUCUCUGUUCGAUGAGGCCAUGCAGCAGAGGGCUCUGAAGGAAGUGAAGAAUAACCCUGUGUUUCUGAUAACCGAAGAAGACCUGAAACAAGCCUCUGCAAUGACAGAAAAUACAGCCCCCUCCAAAAAGGAAAAGAGAGAGGAACAGAGGAGGAAAAAGGCCACAGAGGGCAGUGGGAGUGUGAAGGGUGGAGGAGGCGGCAAUGCUAGAGAGAUCCGGAUUCGGAAAACCAAGAAGAAGGGGAGAAAGGAGGAGGACAGCGACGAGGAGAUGGGAGUCACCCCACAGAACCGAAACAAACAAACGGAAGUUCCGUUCAUGUCCCUGGAGGAGUUGGUGUCUGUUUUGGAGAAGCAUGUGGUUGACUGCCCCGAGGAGAUGGUCUCUGAGCUCGCCGAGCAGCUCAUAAGGCCUCUGACCAAAAUGUACCAGGAUGUUGUACGGACAGUCUUCAUGUCCACCACCAGCAGCAACUCUGGCUCCAACAGAAAGCAAAGUGUCAAGGAUCUGCAGGAGGAGAUCAACAACCUGUACCACAACAUCAAGCUUUUUGAAAAAGGGACAAAGUUCUUUUCAGAUGAAACUCAAGCAAACAUUGCCAAGCAUGUUUUGAAGACGGUGUGCACGGAUGUCACCAACAUCCUUGUGAACUUCAUGGCGGCAGAAUUCAUGAUGGCUGCAGAGAGUCCCAGCUCCAUCAACAAUGAGGUCAGGGUGAAGAUUAUAGGCAAGCUUCAAGAAGAAACAAAAGCACCUCUGAUGAAGCUUCACAAUACUCUCAACGGAAAGGUCAUUGAAGAUUUUAUUACUAAUUUAGAAUCUGCUGCAGAGGUUUGCGGGUUCAUGCUUAAGAAAGGAGACAAGAAGAGAGAGAGGCAGGCCCUGUUCCAGCACCGGCAGGCUCUGACAGAGCAGCUGAAGGUGACGGAGGACCCCGCCCUGGUGCUGCACCUGACCAGCGUGCUGCUGUUCCAACAGAGCACACACUGUAUGCUGCACGCUCCCGGCCGCUGCGUCCCGCAGAUCAUCGGCAUGCUGGUGGGCAGGGUGUCUGAGGAUCAGCACAAGCUCCUGGUGCGCUACCAGGCUCUGGUGGUGAAGCAGCUCGUAGGACAGAGCAAGAAGGGGUCUCAGGGGCAGGAGGAGGCCGAAAGCCCGGCGGAGGUAGACGAGGCGGUGAGAAAGGAACUGCAGUCCCUGACCAACGAGGUGAAGGAGCUCGCCCUGUCACCCAAGAAGACGUCUAUGACCGAAGAGUGAACUGUUCGGGCGUGAUAAACGAUGACAGGUUUACACAGUGCCAGUGUUAGACUGAAGGGAAUGGCAACAGACCCCUCUUUUUGGGCAGACAUUUUCACGUCAUUAUUGUGUCACAUAUCAGAUGCUUGAAUCAUAAGUACGUUAGAAGGCAGUUACCAUGAAAAUGAACUGGAUUAACAAGGUCAACAUUUCCAAAAUGUCCUAAAAUAACAUUGUUAGCAAUGUAAAUGUAGUUUUUCCUGCUGUAAAGAAUAUUUAGAUCAUCAUGACCAACCUUUGAAUUAUACCGAAUAAUUCUGAAUAAUCUUAAAUGUGUGUGCAGUCAACAUUUAAUUUAUCCAUGUUUCAUGGUAACUCUUCCUUUCUAUGUGUGUCUGUCUGUCAGACCGUCUAUGUAUACACACACAGUAAUUUCAAACAGUUGUAGUGCCAUUACAUUGCAUAGAUAUCACCAGAUUACUGCACAUGUGGGACUUUGAGGAUCUGGCAUCUUUUUGUGAUCUACUCAGAGUUCAGAUUAAUAAAACACUUUAUUUUCUGACUCUUGUUCUGUCAACCUCAUUCCUUCUGACGGUCCUGUCUCUGAGCAAUCUCUCUGACCUGAGCAAAUCUUUUGAAAAACGGCAUUUAACUCAUAAUAG